ACUGGACUGGCAGGCAGCAGCUGAGCAUGUAUGCUAACUUUUUGCUUCUUUUUGUCUUUCGGAAUUGGCACUAUUUCAGCUUUUUAUUUUUAUUUUUCUGCAUUCAAUGUUUGGCUCAGGCAGAAAGAAGCCCAGCGCCGAGCGCACCAAUAGACGAGACGACCCUUUCACAGCGCUGUACAGCAAGCACUCCAAGCCGUCGACGCCAUCGACGACAACUGGCAGUGGCAGCUCGCGGUCAGCGGUUCGGCAGCACCGGGCGUUCCUGCCGAGCAGUCUACGACGCAGCGCGCAACCAACGGUCGAGUUGGUGACGCCAGCGCCCGAUGUGGAGCUGACGCGGGCAUCGGAGAUUGUGCGGCCAGUGCUGGGCAUGACAGGCGAGCUGGCAUCGCUGCAGUCACUCAGACAAACCCAGGCCGAGCACCAGCCAGCGCCCAGCGACCCCGCCGCCAGCGUGCGGUCAUUGGCAGCAAGCGACAGCGACAGCGACGGGUACCAGGACGAGCGCGACAUUCCGUUCCGCACCAACGCCGUUGAGAUCGCAACGCAGGAUGACAAGGGCGAGCUGGCGUUUCUGGCGCACCACGAGCCCUGGCUUGGUGAGCUCGAGCGCUCCCGGCUUAUCCUCCCGCAGCUGGCCGGCCGCCUGCAGCCCACCACACACACCAGCGUCCUGCCUGACCGGCUGCUGGCGCCGCCCGAAAUGCCCUCGCAAGUGUACGACGAGCUCGAGGCCAUCUGCGACUUCAACCAGGCAGCGCGCGAGCGGCCCGGUGGCGCUAUGGGCGAAUUCGCCGGUGAGCAUCUGCGGAGGAUCGUCCGGCAGCUGCUGGCAGAAAUCGACGUCGACGAGGCCGCCGGGUGGGACGGCGUCGUGUAUGAUCUGGCGGUAGGUGCGGUGGGCAGCGUGCGGCCGGACGUGCGGCACGGCGAUAAUAUGGACUUGCGGCGGUACGUGCGCAUCAAGCGCAUUCCGGGUGGGGUGCCCGGCGACAGCCAGUACAUCGCCGGGCUGGUGUUUACCAAGAGCCUGGCCCACCGCCGCAUGCCGCGCAUAUACUCGUCCCCCCGCAUCAUGCUUCUGGCGUUGCCGCUCGAGCAUGCGGCUCCCUCCCGCUACGUGUCGUUUGACGCAGAGCUGCGCGUGCAGCAGGGCUUUGCCGAAAAGCUGGUCCAGCGCAUUGUAGGUGCCGGACCCGAUGUGGUGCUGGCCGAGAAACCCGUGCCACGCAACAUCCUCGAGGCCCUGAUGCGCAACCGCGUAGCCGUCGUCGCGGGCGUUAAACGCAGCGUCCUGCGCGCCAUCGCCCGCUGCACCGGCGCCGAGAUCGUCACGUCGAUGGAUAAGUUUAGCGGCCGCCCGCGCAUCGGCACCUGCCGCGAAAUGGUCGCGCAAACAUACCAGCACCCGUCGCUGCCACAGGUCCGCAAGUCGUUUGUGUUCCUGGACGGCUGUGAGCCGAGCCGCGGCGGAACCAUUGUGUUGCGCGGCGAGUCGUUUGAGCGCCUGGCAGAUAUCAAGCAGGUGGUGGAUCUGGCCGUGUGCUUCGCAUACAGCCUCCAUCUGGAGACCGCCUUGCUGGUCAACGAGUUUGCGCUGGCGGUGCCUGGCCAGUACAACGUAGUAUCCAGUGAUCCAGGCAACUCGCUGGCAGCAGCGGCAUUGGCCGAGUAUAAUGUGGUGCUGUCCUCAUCGCCAUCUGUGCGGAUUCCGCCGCCGCACGUGCUGGAGCGAAUGCGCGACGGGGAGCGGGCGCUGAGCGAGCUGACCGAGCGGUUCCGCGAGCUGUCGGCAGGCGGCCCAUCUGACGAUGCUGUGCAUGCGGCGACUGGCGUGGCCUUCCUUGUGUCGCGGCAGCAGAGCGCGGCCAGCACGAGCCGCAUGCGCCAGCAGUACGCCAGCGAGAUGGCGCUGCAUGAGGGCGUGGUGCGCGAGGGCGAGCACUUCCUGGACGCUAACCCGCAGGCCGUGUCGCUGUGGGACUACCAGAGCAUCGUGGUUUCAUAUAUGGUCACAUGUCGCCGUCACGACCACCUGGUGUGUGCUGGUCCGCAGCCCCACGCCAUCUCCUUUUACGGCCGCACUGACGUGACCCUAGGGCAAUAUCUGGAGGAGAUGUGUUUCGAUCUGAACUACGACUGCCCUGGCAGCAGCCGCACAUGCACCCACCCCAUGUACGAGCACCGCCGCAGCUACAUCCACCACAAUGGCCGCAUUGAUGUCACCAUGGACGAGCACCCGAGCCCGAUCGAGCGCCUAAGCGAUAUCAUAUUGAUGUGGGGCAGCUGCCGCAUCUGCCACAGCCGCACGCCGGUCUCCAAAAUGUCCGACGAAGCCUGGCGCUACUCGUUCGGCAAGUACCUAGAGACAACCUUCUACAAUGCCUGUCUUUUGCCGCGCGCCAGCAUCUGUGGACCAUGAUGUGCAUCACGACUACGUGCGGUGCUUUGCAUUGCGCCAUAUGGUGGUGCGCUUCGAAUAUGCACCAUUGGCGCUCUGGCGCAUGGCUGUGCCCACCAUCCCGCUGUUUUUUGAUGUCGAAGUCAGCAUCCGCCUCAAGGAGCGCGAGGCGGCUGAGCUGCGUACCCGCCUGGAUGCCUACUAUGCGUCGCUGCGUGGCUGCCUCGAGGCCUUCCCCAUGGACAUG